AUGCCGUAUUUUGUAGAUUCUGUAUUUCUACGUAUAGAUGCUCUUUCUGACACACAUGACCCACCGGAAAAAAAAAACCCUUCUUCUCCAACACACCUAGCCCACCCUGCUCCUCUCGGCCGCCCCGCCCCGCCCAUCUCCGACCUGCAGCCGGCGGUCGGCCUCGCCGGCCUGGUCACCGCCGACCAGCUCUUCUCCGACGGCAUUGUCCUCCCGCUCCACACCCUCCAGGCCCCUCCCGCUGGCCCCGACGCCGACCAACACCAAGGCCAAGACCAAGACGCCAUGGAAGACGCCGACCAAGACCGAAAUGCCGACGUCAACGAGCCCUCCGACCCGCCGGAGCAGGAAGGGGAGGCUGCCGAGCAGGUCCAGCCGCUCGCGGAGGCCUGCGCCGUCCCGACGCCGGACCUCCCCGCCGUCACCUUCAAGUGGAAGGACAUCUUCAAGCCCACCGGCGAGUCCAAGGAGCGCGCCAAGAAGGCGGAGCGCCGCGUCAGCAGCGUCAGCGGCAACGCCGAGCUCAUCAACAUCAACAUAUGGCCCUUCUCCCGGAGCCGCUCCGCUGGCCACUCUACCUCCAGCGCCGGCGCCGGCGCUAGCAGCAAGGCCAAGACGAGCUCGCCGCGCUGGUCACGCUGCCGGACCUCAAGAGCGGGCUCUUCAGCACCGACGAUUUCCGCAUGUACAGCUUCAAGGUGAAGCCCUGCUCCCGCGCCUACUCCCACGACUGGACCGAGUGCCCCUUCGUGCACCCCGGCGAGAACGCCCGCCGCCGCGACCCG